UAUACAUAUACUGUGACUAUGCGCUCUUGGAGAGGGGCGAUACCCUCCUGACUAAUGGUAUAUCCCAACUAACGGACCUUCUCGGCUCCGAAAGUACACUUUUCCACAUUGAUGGAUAGGCCGUGUUGCUGUAGCCGUGACAGGAUUUCACGCAUGUGUGUUGCGUGUUGCUCUGGUGUUGUAGAUGCAAUCAAAAUGUUGUCAAUGUAGCCGAACGCAUAUUCCACCCCUCGGAGGACCGUAUCCAUCAGGCGCUGAAACGUCUGCGCAGCGUUGCAGAGACCAAAGGUCAUCUUGUUGAACUGGAACAAACCGAAAGGAGUGAUUACGGCGGUCUUGGGUCUGUCCUCUGGAGCCACUGGAAUUUGGUGGAAUGUUUUGUUGAGGUCAAGCGUAGUAAAGAUCUUGCAUCCAUGUAAACGGUGCGUAAAAUCAUGUAAAUGAGGGACGGGAUAUCUGUCAGGUAUGGUGACUUUGUUUAAUCGACGAUAAUCGCCACAUGGUCUCCAUGUUUCAUUGGAUUUCUUCACUAUAUGCAGCAGAGAGGCUCAUGGCCUAGAGGAUGGCUCGCAAAUACCUGCUGGGUGAGGUUUUGGAAUUCGAUUCGGGCUGCCUUAUAACGGGUGCAGGUGUCAAUGCUCUAGGUUGGUUUCCUCUUCCUCUGCUACGGGAGCGACGGAAUCGUUUGUUGCGAUCUAGUUGUUUCUGUAUUUUUGAGACCUGUAAUGCACAAUUUGCGUUGCUGCUACCAUCAGCCUCAUCACGUCUAGUGCCUUAUCAGCUAUCUCUGCUAACCGCUGGAGAUCUGAUGUGUCGGAGAUUGCAAGUAUUGCUCGAGCAGCUUCUGGUAAUUGCUCAAAGAACAGAGAGCGAAUGAUGACGUCUCCACACUGGUCCCCUGCGAGGGCUCGUAAACGAUGUAGAUAAGCCGUCGGUUUCUCAUCACGCAUCUCGUGGCCACGGAGUAGGCGUCGGAGGCGUGCUUCAUCUCUUUCAUCAUAGGCGGACAUAACGCGCCGCUUGAUGCUUUCAUAUUUAU